AUGUUGUCAGAAGCGGACGAUCCACUCGUGAACGGAAAAAUCCCUUCGACAGAAGGGCGCGAUCCGGCUUAUUUUUCUUAUUAUGCCAUGCUACAGCAUCAGAAAGUGUAUGCUGUUGAGGCCUCACAAAUGGCCGAGAAAAUGCGAAAACUUGUUGAAACCGCAAAUGCAGCCGAAUCUGAUGGCUUAGCUAAGAAUGCUUUUCUAAAGGAUAAAAUUGAAGUUAUUCAAGCCAAGAUUGAGGACCCAGACCUUCCGAUCCCCAAAGUUGAUACCAUUAUUUCUGAGCCAAUCGGUGUUCUCUUAAUUCACGAAAGAAUGCUCGAAAGUUAUCUUUAUGCACGAGAUACUUAUUUAAAACCAGGCGGGACUCUUUUUCCGUCAACAGGAUCCAUAUUUCUUGCGCCUUUUUCUGAUGCUGCAUUGUGGAGCGAGACUAUGGGAAAGGCUCGUUUUUGGGAACAACCUUCAUUUUAUGGUGUAGAUCUUUCUGCAUUGUAUUCUGAUGCUAAAGAUGAAAUGUUUGGUAACUUUGAUCCACGUACCUUAAUUGCACAAGCAAACCCGGGUGGGUACGUGGUUGACUUUUAUACUGUUACAAUGGAGGAACUUCAAGACAUGACAAUACCUUUCAUCUGGCAGGCUUCUUAUACCGGAAUUAUUCAUGGAAUAGCCGGAUGGUUUGACUUACAUUUUUCACCACCACCAUCAGUUCCAAGUGGUAACACGAUUGCAAUGUCUACUGGUCCUGCAGCAGAACGAACUCAUUGGCAGCAAGUCAGAUUCUUGUUGAAAGAGCCAUUGGCGGUGAAUGCAGAAGCCGAAAUAAUGGUUGGGGAAGGUCAAUUAACAAAUCCAACGAUACCUUUAACUUCAAUAUAUAGUCUGGACUUUAAUCGUAGGCGUGGUAAAUGGCGAUUGCACGAGCAAACUUAUAAUUAUAAUUAUUAUCCGCAAUCUGAUAAUCUUUUUAGACCAGAGUACAAUUGCCUUUACGAACCAGAACAUCCUCUAGAUACUACAGUGGUU